UGGUGUUUACUCGGAAAACCUUGUCCCCUCUUGGCUAGUCAGUUUGAUCAUGUAGAAAACUUUGAAUUAGAAAAUAACACAAUAAAACAGCCUACUUCGGUAUAAAUACGCAAUCUACCACUUCUGUCUACUGUAAACAGGUCCUGCCCCCCAGCCUUCUCUGAAGCGAUCCCUGCCCCUGUAGCAGCCUUCACACCACACACAGAAACACACAGAAACACACGUACACACACAUACACACACGUGGGCCUCUGGACCAGGAUGACAAUGGAAGAGAUGAAGAAUGAAGCAGAGAUGACCUCGAUGGUUUCCAUGACACUCUACACUGUGAUGUACCCCGUCUUCCACGAGUUGGAGAGAGUGAACCUGUCAGCAGCACAGACCCUGAGGGCAGCGUUUAUAAAGGCUGAGAAGGAGAACCCAGGGCUGACCCAGGACAUCAUCAUGAAGAUCCUGGAGAAGAAAAACGUGGAGGUCAACUUCAUCGAGUCACUACUGCGCAUGGCUGCAGGCGAUGUGGAAGAGUUCAUGAUUGACAGGCCUGAGCAGGAGUUCCAGGACUUGAAUGACAAGGCCCGGGCACUCAAACACAUCCUCAGCAAGAUCCCAGACGAGAUCAACGACAGAGUACGCUUCUUACAGACCAUCAAAGAUAUCGCCAGCGCCAUCAAGGAACUCCUGGACACAGUCAACACUGUCUUCCGAAAAUACCAGUACCAGAACCGACGGAGUAAAAAGCCUUUUUCCCAGGCACUGGAACACCAAAAGAAAGAGUUUGUGAAAUACUCCAAGAGCUUCAGCGACACACUUAAAACCUACUUCAAAGAUGGAAAGGCGAUAAACGUGUUUGUCAGCGCGAACAGGCUCAUCCACCAAACCAACCUAAUACUCCAAACCUUCAAGACCGUGACAUAGAUGGGGUUAACCGCACUAACCCAGGCUUUUAUCAGAGGAUAGGAAACCCUUUAUUUGUACAAUGUUAAGAUACUGUAUCAUUUAUAAGUCUUGCUUCAAGAGGGGGAUAAUUUAGAGUUGCAGGUAUCCAGAUUAUAAUUAAAUUGCCAGAGAUUCUUUUCUUUUUUAUUGUAUUUUUUUCCACCAGGAUCAUGCUAUCUCCACAGAGUAUCUUAUGUCAUGCUAUCUCCACAGAGUAUCUUAUGUCAUGCUAUCUCCACAGAGUAUCUUAUGUCAUGCUAUUUUCACAGAGUAUCUUAUGUCAUGCUAUCUCCACAGAGUAUCUUAUGUCAUGCUAUCUCCACAGAGUAUCUUAUGUCAUGCUAUCUCCACAGAGUAUCUUAUGUCAUGCUAUCUCCACAGAGUAUCUUAUGUCAUGCUAUCGCCACAGAGUAUCUUAUGUCAUGCUAUCUCCACGGAGUAUCUUAUGUCAUGCUAUCUCCACAGAGUAUCUUAUGUCAUGCUAUCUCCACAGAGUAUCUUAUGUCAUGCUAUCUCCACAGAGUAUCUUAUGUCAUGCUAUCUCCACAGAGUAUCUUAUGUCAUGCCAUCGCCACAGAGUAUCUUAUGUCAUGCUAUCGCCACAGAGUAUCUUAUGUCAUGCUAUCGCCACAGAGUAUCUUAUGUCAUGCUAUCGCCACAGAGUAUCUUAUGUCGUGCUAUCUCCACAGAGUAUCUUAUGUCAUGCUAUCGCCACAGAGUAUCUUAUGUCAUGCUAUUGCCACAGAGUAUCUUAUGUCAUGCUAUCUCCACAGAGUAUCUUAUGUCAUGCUAUCGCCACAGAGUAUCUUAUGUCAUGCUAUCGCCACAGAGUAUCUUAUGUCAUGCUAUCUCCACAGAGUAUCUUAUGUUAAAGCUCCUCUCAUUUCUCCCCCCCCCCCCCCCCCCCGCACCUUCUCUUUCUUUCACUUGCUCUCUCACUUUGUUCACGUGGAACAACCAUGGCCUUAACGUGGCCAUGGAGGCAUUCCUUAAUGGAAGCUAAAUGGUUCAUACGGGGGAUGGUUUCUGUAUUUUGAAAGUUACAUAUCUUAAAAACAUUUUUGUACUGUGUCAACAAUGGACUAAUGAAACAAAUACCAAAAUAUGUUUUUGGGGUGAAGUUGUCCUUUAAGCCAAGUGUAAAUACAGGCGCUUCUGCUUUUUUCACAUUCUAACUUGAACAAUGAGACAUGAUUACGAUUAUGAUGAUGGUGCAAGUUGUAUAUUUAACAGCUAUUUGGUUGCAAAAUGUUAAAAUAAAUAGUUCAAACAUUU